AUGCAUGGGACUCUACAGCGUUGCGACCUCUUUUGUCGCCUUCAGGAAUACCAGGUCAUCGGGCGCCACUUGCCCACAGAGGCAAACCCCACCCCGAAGCUGUACCGCAUGCGCAUCUUCGCUCCCAAUGAGGUUGUUGCCAAGUCCCGCUUCUGGUACUUCUUGAUGAAGCUCAAGAAGGUCAAGAAGGCCAACGGUGAGAUUGUUAGCUUGAACAAGAUCAACGAGAAGAACCCUCUCCGUGUCAAGAACUUCGGUAUCUGGAUCCGAUACGACUCUCGUUCCGGCACGCACAACAUGUACAAGGAGUACCGUGAGCUGUCAAGAACGGAUGCCGUUGAGGCUCUCUACUCCGACAUGGCUGCUCGCCACCGUGCCCGUUUCAGGUCGAUCCACAUUCUCCGUGUCGUUGAGAUCGAGAAGACCGAAGAUAUCAAGCGCCCCUACAUCAGACAACUCGUCACCAAGGACCUGUCUUUCCCUCUGCCCCACCGUGUUCCCCGUCUCAACAACAAGAAGGUCUUCAGCGCCACUCGCCCGUCCACAUUCGCAUAG